AUGUUAAUAAAUACGAUUAUGAAUCUCUCAAUUCAUAGUGCUCAAUCUGUUGCUGCUACCAGCAGCAAUAAUACAAAUUUCAAUUCAUCAACCAACGCUAGAAUGAACCAAGCAACAAACGAUUUAGCUAGACUUCCAUGGUCAACUCCUUUCUGGACCUGUUGGUAA